AGGAUGUCUGGAGUUCUGUCCCUGGACAUUAACAUCAAGGAGCCACGAUGGGACCAGAGCACGUUCAUGGGCCGCGCCCAGCACUUCUUCUUCGCCACUGACCCCAGGAACAUUCUAAAGUCCUCUGAGACCCUGGAGGAUGCACGGGUUACUGUGAAGAAAUACAUGUUAGGAGUGGUGAAGCCAGGUCUGACAGAAGAUGAGCUGUGGAGAGCCAAGUACAUCUAUGACUCUGCCUUCCACCCUGACACCGGCGAAAAGAUGGUGGUGGUGGGACGCAUGUCUGCCCAGGUCCCCAUGAACAUGACCAUCACCGGCUGCAUGCUCACAUUCUACAGGACGACUCCAGCCAUUGUGUUCUGGCAGUGGGUGAACCAGUCCUUCAACGCUGUGGUCAACUACAGCAACCGCAGUGGAGACGCUGCCCUCACCACCAAUCAGUUGGCUGCAGCGUACAUCAGUGCCACCACAGGAGCUGUAGUCACAGCCCUGGGACUCAAGUCUCUAGCCAAGCGCCUUCCAGCCGUCAUGAGCCGGUUCGUCCCUUUCUUUGCUGUAGCGGCUGCCAACUGUAUCAACAUCCCCUUCAUGAGGCAGAGGGAGCUGAAGUACGGCAUUCCAGUGACAGAUGAGGAAGGGAACCGGUUAGGAGAGUCAGUCACCGCUGCCAAGUCAGGCAUCAUCCAGGUGGUGGUGUCCAGGAUUGGCAUGGCUGUGCCAGCUAUGGCUAUCCCACCUGUGAUAAUGAACGCCCUGGAGAAGAAAGCUUUUAUGAAGCGCUUCCCAGUCCUAAACGCCCCAGUACAGGUGGGUCUGUGCCUGGUGUUUGCAACUCCUCUGUGCUGUGCCCUCUUCCCACAGAAGAGUUCUAUGGCUGUGAGCAGCCUGGAGACAGAUCUUCAGGAGAGGAUACUACAUAGCAGUCCCCACACUUCUACUGUCUUCUUCAACAAAGGCCUUUAG